CAACAGGAAGGGAAACGCAACAUAACUCGACAUUCACAAUUCUGUGAGGAAUGACAACAUGCAUCCCCAUUGCUGAUGCUUGGCCCCAUAUAGGUUUGCCUUGUAUCCCUACUAACGCGCACUUUUUAAUCCGGCAGAGCAAUAAGAAGCAGCGACGCUGCUUUUGUUCUCUGCUGGUUGUCGCAAACCAGGUCAAGUUUGUUGAUAGCCCUGCGGAAACACAUACGCCUCAAUCCAUCCAUACGAUCUUUCAUCACAUCCAUCUCCGCUCCCGAAGCAAUGCCAUGAUAGAGACAUAAGUAUACAAAAGAACACCGUUUACUGAGGACUCGGAACAACCGCAACACUAUGGCUCCGGUUCAAGGAUACAUGACCUCCUACUCCCCUCGUCUCCGCCAGUAUGCAAACGCUCUCCUCACCCCAUCCAUUCCUCCCUCGCAAGGUGUACUUGGAGCGCGCACGACCAAACGUGGUACCAUCGCUGUAAACUAUGCGGAGGAUGGAUAUGACGAUGAUGACUUUGACGAUAGUGAGGGACCUCGACGACCGACUGGAUUAAGGAGUUUGAGGAGGGAGGAGCUGAACCCUGACAGAGGGCCAGCGGGGGAGAAGCUGGGGAAGGAGAUAUUCCAGCCCGUCGAUAUGCAGCCGAAUUUCAGGGAAUGGGUGGUUAAGAAGGUGUUGAAGCCGGCGAGGAAGAAGCAACUAAGCACACAAGCACAACUCCCAUUAACCCUAGUACCCAUCCGCAUCGAUCUUGAAGUGCCUGCGUAUCAACCGGCAGAACCGUUUCCAUUGCCGCGAAACUAUCUGGAACUGGGUAUCAACCCUGCCUCUCCAGCCUACCGCAAACCAGAGCCAGCCCCUCCAUAUCGAAUUAAAGAUACUUUUCUCUGGAAUCUACACGAAGCACUCACGACACCCGAAGAAUUCGCUACGGCUAUGGUGCGUGAUCUAGAUCUACCAAACCCGCAAGCAAUGACCGUAGCGAUCUCUAGCCAGCUCCGCCAGCAACUUGAAGAGUAUGCCGGUGUCGCACUGCAUCCGCUGUUCCAAAGCUCACAGCAAACCAUCACAAACCCCGGGGCACCCUCCUCAAGAGGCGUUUCUGCAACACCUGGUGCUACGAACGCUGCAACUCCAGCAUCCCUAGUCGAUACAGGCCCCAGAAAGGGCAACGUGCUGGUAUCCUCCCAGCAACUCUCCAUGGGCGAUAACGAGCUAAAUCCCGACGACGCCUACCGCUGCGUCGUGAAUCUAAACAUCAAUCUACACAACAGACUCUACACAGAUAAAUUCGAAUGGUCACUACUGCACUCGCAAGGACUGGCUGAGGAAUUCGCGCGCGUCACAUGUGCAGAUUUAGGCUUAGGUCCCGAAUGGGUCAGCGCCGUGGCGCAUGGGAUCUAUGAGGCCGUGUUGAAGUUGAAGAAGGAAGUAUGUGAGAGCGGCGGGCUGAUUAGCGGCCUGGGCGGGUAUGGAAAUGAGAUUGACAACCAGGCUGCGAAUGGUCAGGAGGCCGGAUGGCGGUAUGAUCCCGACGGACUGGGGGAUGAAUGGGAGCCGAAGGUGGAGACGUUAUCGAAGGAGGAGAUUGAGAAAAGGGAAGGGGAUCGGGAGAGGCAGAUUCGCCGGUUACGGAGGGAGACAGCAAGGUUUUCGUCAACGAGUGGGAUUGUGCCUGAGUUGACGAGGCAGCAGAGUUCGUCUGGCGGUGGAUAUUUCGAUAUUCCAGAUGAGGGAAUGGGGAGGGGGGAGAGGAGUAAGAAGAAGCGUCGGUUUCGGAGUCUUAGUCCGCUUGGGGGAAGGAGUGGCACGCCUGGUGGUGGUGGGAGGGGCACACCCGAUACUGGGGCCGGAGCUGGAUAUGGUGGUGGGGGAGGAACGCUUAGUGACUGGGAGAGACAAACGUGGCGCUGUGCUAAUUGCUCCGUCUGGGGCACGGCGGUUUGGGCUGUUAGAGAUGGACCAGCCGGGCCAAGGACAUUAUGCCACAACUGCGGCCUACUCUAUGAACGCGAUAAACGGAUACCAGCAUGGUCCACGGCACUGCAUCGCAUUGAUAUACCAGCGGGGCGUUGA